AUGAGUGAAUAAGAUUAUCACAUAAAUUCACGUUAUUCAACUCUCUAAUCAAAUAAUUACUAAAGUUAAUUAUUGUGUACUCAUUUUGGAAAGUUACUUGAUAAAAAUGAAGCAUUUUUUAAUCAUCUUAAAGGAGAUUGUAUAUGUGGCAAAUGUAUUUGUGGAUAAUGUAAAUGUCCUAAGAUGCUUUUAUCAAAUGAUUUUAAGAAAGGAUAAGAAUCUUUAUAUUAAAGAGAUUUUAUCACACAUGGUAAAUAGAAGUAAAUUCCUCUGAUUGAUCACAAUGUAACUUACAAGAAUUAAUUACCCAUGGAUAUUGAUACUAUUUAGAGAGUAUUAUAAAUAUACUAAUCAUAAAUUAGAGUACAUAUUAGGCUCAUCCUGGUGCUAAACCAGCAGAAUCUUUAAAACCUGAAUAAAAAGUAUUUUUGAUUCCAUUCAGCAGUUCAUCAGCCUAUAGAGUAUAAAUAUAUUCAUAUAAACUAUUUAGCUUGAUUAUGCUGGAGGUGGAAUGUCAUCUCUGAAGAUUAAUCCUCCUCAUCAUCCUACUGUAGUAGAUAUGCCCAUGACUACUCAUUCAACUUAUCAAGAUAAUUUUUAUAAAAAACCUAUACCAAGAGAAGAAUUUUUAACUACUGCAAAUAAAAGUAGUUUUAAAAGUCCCAUAUCUCCAGAAUUACCAUUUAUUCAUCAAUCUACUAAUAGUGCUUUUUAUAAACCCUAUUAAACUGGAAAAUUAAAUAAAAUUGAUCCCGAAUAAGUAUUUUUUUAUUAUUAUUAAUUUACAAUUAGUAAGUUAAAAUGAUUCCAGCUUUUGAUGGAUAAUUUAAUUCAACUACACAAAAAGAUUUUGAUGAUAAGAAUCCAAAAAAAUGUCCAUCCAGAGUAUUUUUGAACUCCUUAUACAAAUAAAAACUUUAAUAAAUUGCUUGA